AUAAAUAUUCAAAUUUUGUUAAAUAAAUAAAUUUUUUUAAUGUCAGUGGUACAAUAGAAUAAUCUAAUAAUAUAUAAUAGAAUAAAUUUAUAUUGAUAUAUAUUAUAAGAAUUUGUGGAAUCAUACUUGAAAAUAUUAGAUACGUAGAAAGAAUUAUAUGUUAAAGUAAUUAGAUUUAAAGAGUAAUAAAUAAAAUUUUAUUACAAGAAUUAGAUUGAAAGGGAAAGAAGAAAUACGAUAUGUGGAAAAAACGCGUAUAAAAUAUAACACAACAAAAGAAAACAAGAGAAACGAGAAAUACAUAAAUGUAUUUGCGUUUAUUCAUGCAUUUAUUCACGAGUUGUUAACGUUUCUCGUACAUUAUCAGUAACGUAUCUAAAGCUGAUAUGAAAAGUAGCGGCACAAUUACCGAUGGUUCCAGUAAAGGAUUGACUAUUGAAAAACGUGCUCUGGGAGAGACGGCAGACAAGAAAGAAGAACGAACGAGAAAAAGAAACAGAAGGAGGAAAGACAAAGAGAGAAUAAGAAUGACGAUCGUUUUGUUCCGCUUAGCUUGAAGUGUCACUAGGUUUUUUGAAAUAGUGCAAUAGCAUGGAUAAGAAUACUGACGACAUGAAGGAAAAUCCCAGGGUGACCGCGAACAUCUUCAGUAUUCUGUUCUUUUGGUGGAUGCGAGAAAUAUUUAUGACAGGAGCCAAACGUGAUUUGGAAGAAUCUGACAUUUAUCGACCAGUGAAAGCAGAUGAAUCCGAGAAAUUGACCGAUCAUCUCGAAAAAUUUCUUUUCAGAUACUGGAAUCGCGAGUUAGAUAAACUGAAGAACCUGGAAUACACCAUGGGCAAGGACGGGCAGAAAGUGCUGUUGAAAAAGGACCGUCCGAGAUUAUAUAAGGCGAUCUUCAACGCCUUUUGGUUACCAUAUUUCAUAAUUGGAGUCUAUCAAUUUAUUCAAUGCAGCAUAAUACGCUUAUCGAUACCGAUCUUGCAGAAUUGGAUCAUCGACUACUUUGCCAGAGAUCCGACUGGAAGGAACAAGGUAGAACUGAACGACGUGUUGAUUUACAUUGUUUGCUUGAUACUUUGUUCUAUCAUCUGCUUUAUGAUAAUACAUCACUCGUCAAUGCUAUCGAUGCAGUUUGGCAUGAGAAUACGUGUCGCUUGUAGCUCCCUUCUCUAUCGAAAGUUAUUACGACUGAACAGAGCAUCCAUGAAUCAAACCGGUAUUGGACAGGUUAUAAAUCUUCUUAGCAAUGACGUUACUCGCUUUGAUCAAUUAACAAUAUUCCUGAAUAUUAUAUGGAUCAUGCCUCUUCAGAUCGCAAUCGCGGGUUAUAUAAUGUGGCAAAAAAUUGGUUUUUCGACCCUUGUUGCUAUCGGAUUGCUAUUGAUCACCGUUCUGAUAGUACAAGGAUUCUUCAGCAUACUCAACCAUAAACUCAGAACCAUGAUCGCGCCACUGACCGAUCGAAGAGUGCAAAUAAUGAGUGAACUCGUAACUGGAAUACAGGUUGUGAAAAUGUACGCUUGGGAGAAACCGUUCAGUAAGAUCGUCUCUGUGACCAGAGAGCUGGAGAUCAAUAAGAUUAAAUUUUCGUCAUAUGUUCGUGCCAUAUGUUUGGCCACUGUAGUCUUCAUCCAGCGAUUGAGCAUCUACUUCACUUUAAUCACGUUUGUCCUAACGGGGAAUAACCUGACUGCUGACGUGACUUACGAAAUAGUGACAAUCUGUAACAUACUUGAACGCAGCGUAGUGUUCUGCUUUCCACAGGCGCUGAUAAUCAUAGGUGAAACAAUGGUGUCUAUGAAUCGAUUAGAGGAUCUUCUGCUGAUGGAGGAGGUAAAUAUGGGACAUUCGGAGAAGGAUUCGCAGUUACAGUUUCAGAAAUCAAACGAUGCUACUAAUCCAGAGAACCGAACGGACAUCUCGAAAAAUGGGAGUAUCAGACUUUCCGAGGUUCAAAGGCUAUUUGAUUUUCCGGUCUGCGUCAAGUUUCAACAUGUUUCGGCCAAUUGGAUCAGCAGCAAAUUGCCACCGACUUUGUGCAAUAUCAAUUUGAUCAUCAAGCCAGGCCAGUUGUGCGCUGUGGUCGGCGCAGUGGGUUCUGGCAAAUCAUCUAUAUUACAUCUAUUGCUGAAGGAACUGAAUCCCGGCGCAGGUUCCGUGACGCUUAUUCAGAAUUCCUCGAAGAAUCUCAUUCAGGGCAAUUUGUCCAACGGUUACUUUACGGACAAUCCGAAUCUGCGCAUCUCCUAUGCUAGCCAGGAACCAUGGCUUUUUGGCGGUACUGUAAGAGACAAUAUACUGUUUGGUCAACCCUAUGACAAAGCCAGAUAUACUCAGGUGGCAAAUGUGUGCGCCUUGAAGAAGGAUUUUCGACAGUUUCCACAGGGAGACAUGACGAUGGUUGGCGACAGAGGUGUAUCUCUGUCCGGAGGUCAAAGAGCGCGUAUCAAUCUCGCGAGAGCAGUUUACAGGCAAACAGAUCUUUAUCUGCUCGAUGAUCCCUUAAGUGCGGUAGACACUCGCGUCGCUAGGCAUCUUUACUCGAAAUGUAUUACAGAUUAUCUUCACGGCAAGACAAGGAUACUCGUCACCCAUCAGCUGCAAUUUCUCAAACGUAUGGAUUACAUUGUGGUGUUGGAUCAAGGUUUUGUUAAAAUGCAAGGAAGUUAUAAUGAAUUAGUACAGUCAAAUAAUUUUAUCGAGAUGAUGAACAACUUAAAUCACGAAGGGCAGAAAAACGAAGAAGAAAUUAAGAGAGCCUCGGAAAUGUCAGUAAGAAAGAUCUCGCUAAUGAGACGUGCCUCAGAUUCAUCAACCGCAAGUUCCAUCAUUCAUUCGGACAUUGACAAUUCGGAUUACGUAGAGAAUAUUUCAGAAGGCGAGAUGAUGGCACGCGGGCGAAUAUCCGGCAGAGUGUACAAGGAAUAUUUUCAUCACGGCGGGAAUUACUUCAUCUUGUUAAUGUUGUUGCUAUCUUUCGUUAUCAGCCAGAUUGCUACUACUGGAAAUGAUUACUGGCUCUCGUAUUGGAUUAACUUGGAGGAUAUCAGGCGUAUCAACAACGUUAGUGAAGCCAAACGGUAUGCGAACAUGUAUAACAACAACUUUCUGGGAUCGAUUUUCACUCUGGAUCCGGACGGUCUACUGAGCACCGUGGAUGCCAUAUACGUAUACACCUUUUGCAUCAUUGCUUGCACAGCUACUGCGAUCUUCAGCAACUUCCUCUACACAAAGAUCUGCAUGAAUUCAAGCUGUAAUCUCCACAAUACCAUGUUCUCCAAUCUGCUACAGGCGCCCAUGUCCUUUUUCAAUAUCAAUCCCUCCGGGAGAAUUUUAAAUAGAUUUUCGAAUGACGUGGGUACCAUGGACGAAAUGUUGCCCAGAGUAAUGUUAGAGGCGCUCCAAUUUAUUUGCAUAGUAUGCAGUAUAAUGACUAUGGAGGUAAUACUUAAUCCAUGGAUGUUGAUAAUAAUAAUGGUAUUGAUUGUUUUAUUUUUCUUCACAAUGAAAUUCUAUCUGAGAACCGUUCAGAACAUCAAACGUCUCGAAGGCAUAACAAAAAGCCCGAUAUUCACGCACGUGAGUGCCACGCUAAACGGCCUGCCGACGAUUAGAAGUAGUGGUGCCGUAAUUGAAAAAAUAAUGCGACAACAGUUCGACGUGUUGCAAGAUCGCCACAGUGGCACGUGGUAUCUCUCCUUAGCAUGCUUUUCCGCCUUCGGUCUUUUUACGGAUAUUAUCAUGUGCCUGUUCGUCGGCAUUCUUUGUUACUCUCUAGUAUUACAGAAUGAGACUGAUAACGUAGAAGAUAGUAUAGCAGGCCUGGCGAUAUCGCAGUCAUUGAGAAUGAUCGGUUAUCUGCAAUAUGGCACAAAACAAUUUGCCGAGACGAUGUCGCUGAUGACCUCCGUGGAAAGAAUUCUUCAGUACACAGAUCUCCCCAAGGAGGAGCCCGUUACCUCUGACAAUCCCCCACCGGCCAAUUGGCCUUCUACAGGACAAUUGAGCUUGAAGAAUGUCAGCAUGAAGUAUCAUAAGGAUAACCCACCGGUUUUAGAGAAUCUGAAUAUGACCAUCGAACCUGGCUGGAAAGUUGGGGUGGUGGGACGAACUGGCGCCGGCAAGUCUUCCUUGAUCUCAGCGCUUUUUCGAUUAUUUAACGAAGGUCUGGAGGGCGAGAUUAACAUCGAUGGUAGGGACACGAGUACAAUGGGUUUGAGCGAGUUGCGCUCCAAGAUCUCCAUCAUACCGCAGGAACCGGUACUCUUUUCUGAGAGUUUGCGCUACAAUCUAGACCCUUUCAAUCAGUACGACGACAUGAAACUGUGGGAAGUACUGCGACAAGUAGAAUUAAAUGACAUCGCACUGGAUAACAAUAUCUUCUAUGGCGGCCAUAAUUUCAGUAUCGGCCAGAGACAGCUCAUAUGCCUGGCCAGGGCCAUUUUAAGGAACAAUCGCUUACUCGUUUUCGAUGAGGCCACGGCCAACAUUGAUUCGCACACUGAUGCCUUAAUUCAGGAAACAAUAAGAAGCAAUUUUAAAGAAUGUACCGUCAUCACCAUAGCACAUCGUUUAAAUACCAUAAUAGACAGUAAUCGGAUUAUUGUGAUGGAGAACGGUUCCAUCGUGGAAUUUGGUUGUCCGUAUGAAUUACUGCAUGACAAACCGAAUGGUUACUUCUCACAAAUGGUGGAGAAGACAGGUAAUCAGAUGGCGCUAAGUCUUUUAGAGCAGGCAAAGAAGGCUUGUCAAAAGAAUAAGAAUCAAUGCAAAUUAAACUCUUCAGCACAAAAUACCGAGGGUGAGGGUGACGACACAAUUACAGAACAGUCCAUAUUAUAAAUUUUUUCUUAUACAAAAAAUAUGUGUAUAUAAAUAAAUAGAUAUAUAGGAUAAGAUGUGCUUGUAUGUUAGUACAUUAAUUUCUAUUUUACUUUUUAUUUAUUCCCUUAAUUAUAACAUAAAUGUUACAUUUAUUGUAAAGAUAAUAGAAUAGGAUUAAAUUCUUAUUUUUUCGAUACUAUUUUUGUCAAUAAAGGAAAUACAAAUAUCUCUUGUAAAAAUUUAUUUCUCGGUGUGCUUUUGUGCUUACACUACGACAAGAAAAAUUAAAUAAAAUAAUUAUUAACUUACUUAAGUAAGUACAAUAGAACGUAUUACUUUAGAAAAAAAUACUGAUGUAUGAUUGUUGCAUUAAUGAUGUAUAAAUUAUUAUCACAAAAAAAAAACAGUACUUAUUGCCCGGGUGUUUUGUAUUAAAA